AUGGCCACCCGUCGUCCUCAGGGUAAAUCAUAUGCAGAAGCGGUCGCUUCUCCUGCGCCAGAGAAGACAUCUGAUUCCGAUGUUACCCCUGCAGUUCCCACGAAUGUCAUCUUCAAACUGCUAGGGUUUUCCGCGGCGAUGGUCUCCCUGCCCAUUGGCAUGUACUUUGUUGCAGUGAAGUUUGGCGCGAGUCCAACUGUCGCCGGCAUUAUUGCGGCUGUUACGGCUAACAUUGUCUUGUUUACGUAUGUCUUUGUUGCAUGGCAGGAUGAUCGCCUGGAGAGAGAAGCCUUGACAAAAAAGAAAGAAAAGAAGGCGCAAUGA